GGUUCUGAAGCACUGGUUUCGGAAAAUCCUGUAAAAGUAGACAUGUGAAAAAUAUAUUUCGAUAUUCACUGUUCGUCGAAAUAAAUUGUUGGUGGUGUUUGCUUUGCCAUCUGCAUGGUUUGAAUGGGUUUAUAGACUAUAUGCAUGCAUAAGGAAACUUGAAAGGACAGAAUGGAUUUUAAGUAAUGACAUGAGCCAAACAACCUAUUGAAUAUAUCUGACAACGUAUAUUGCUGUAUAUUCCAUCAUCACGAUCAUCACCGUCCAUGGUCCGAUCACUUUUUGUUCACCCAACUACAUUACGCAGUUGUAUGACAGCUUCGGUCAGCAUAGCGACAAUAGCGACGGAGUUAAAAGUAGCUACAUUUCUGUACCGUUACGCCAGAAUGAGCCAGAUGUCAGCUUAUGAUUCUUAUUAUUAAUAUUAAUUAAAUCGACGCAUCUGCCGUAGGUUAUAUAUGUCGUAUACCGGCUAUUAAUAACCUUCACAUGUUCAAGUAUAGACAGAAACAUGUAUUCAAAAAAAAAUCCCAGCCUUAGAAUCAACGAGGCGGAUCUAAAAUGUAAAAACGGCUGUGGCUAUUAUGGGAAUGAAGAGUGGGAAGGAUUGUGUUCAAAGUGUCAUCAUGAACAUCUUCAACGUGAAAGACUGAAGAAAACUGGUGGGCAUUCUGGACUUCAUCAUGGAGAACGUGAUGGAGAUAAACACACAAAGUCUGCUGUUGGGUUUUCCAAAUUUGAAGAGAAAAAGCGGCAGCAAGCUGAGAAGAAGACAAAACUACUGAAAUUGUCUGUAUUUAGAAAAUCUUCAAAUUCAAAAGAUUUAAUCCGAUCUGAGCAGUUUCAAGAACUCUACAGUGCAACUCCUGAAUUGGAAAAGUUGAAACAAGAUUACCAAGAUUUAUUUUCAUCUGUCAGCCAGUCUGUUGAACGUGAUGUCCUCAAAUCCAUCAAUUCAUUUAAUGUUAAUGUCUUAAAAAAUGCAGAUAUUGGUACUAUAGACGAAUUAUCUGAAGUGGUACAAAAUUUAUAUCAGGUCUUUGCAAAGCGAAUGGAAGCCAGCAUUAUUUAUACUGACUUAAGUCAGGAGAAAAAGGAAAUGCUGCUAGACUUUGUUGAGAAAUAUGUGAUGACUGGUCUGUAUAGAAUUCUGUUCUGUCCCCCCUCAACAACAGAUGAAGACAAAGAUCUGUCUUUACAAAAUAGGAUUCGACAGUUGAAUUGGGUGAAUGCACAGCAUUUAGACUGUAGCAUUAAUGAGACACAGUCAGAAGUCUGUGACUUGGUAUAUACAGCAAUUGCAGAUAUAAUAGGUAUGGACUCAGCGAAGGCUCCACAGGAUAAGUUGAGCUGUAUUGUGCGGUGCUGUAGAAACAUUUUCCUGCUACUGCAACAGUCUGUGGGCGGACCGGCUUCUGCUGAUGAAUUUCUGCCAGCUCUUAUCUUCAUUGUAUUGAAAGCUAACCCAGCUAGACUUAAAAGUAAUAUCAACUAUAUUACUCGUUUCUGCAAUGCAAGCCGUCUUAUGUCAGGCGAGGGAGGCUACUAUUUCACUAAUCUGUGUUGUGCAGUUUCAUUCAUAGAAAACUUGACAGCAGAAUCACUCAACAUGCCGGUUGAAGAGUUUGAACAGUACAUGUCAGGGGAAGUGAUUCCCACCAGUACUUGGGAAUCAGCUUUAAUGAUGUGUGAGGGGAUGCAUCUCAUGUAUGAGCAGUUAGCAACACUGGAUGAUUUGCAUAAUCGAUACACACGCUUUGGGGAGGGUGCUUUAGCAUUGAAGGAAGAAAUGCAGAAGUUUAAGAUUGACAUUGCAGAUGAAGUUGCUGCAGUGCUGGCACGUACACCUCUGACCAUCCAGCCAAGGAAAACACCAACAGAUAUUGAUUCAGAAAAUCCAACCUGUGAGUCACUGCCUCCCCCAAUUGUUCCACAGAUUGUGGCACCACAGAUUGGUUUGGAGCCCGACAGUGUAAAGAAAACUGAAUCUGCAGAGGAUUCACAACCAAACAUCACAGCUGCUGCUCUUCCACAUGACUACUUGUCACUGUCUUCACCAUUAGUUUUUAGCCAUAGUCUCGAUGAGCUUACCACUCCUGAUGACAUAUUUGGGGCUCAGGCUUUAAGUUUUGUUCAGGGACUUACAUCAAUUAACUAUGACAUUGACCUCUCUGACUUGAGUGCAGACAAUAGCUAUGCUGAAGAUGUUCCUGCAGCAGAUGGACAUAAGAGCAGUGCUAUGCUUUCACUGGAAGUGAAGCCUGCAGAGGAGCUCACACCAUCAUUGCUAGAUAACACCGAAUCACCAACAGGAGAUCUACUUCCUUCACCCAUCAAACCUCUUUGUACAGGAGAAUACCAAGGUUUUGCAGCACAGGGUUGGCAGAUUCAUAGCAUCCCCUGUGAGACAGGGGACACACCGUCCUUAAACUCUGACGCUUGUGGGAAUGUUGAUUCAGCUUCCAGUCAGUUUCAGACAUGAAUUGCUGCUGAAUACAAACAGAUCAAGAGCUCCACCUGUACUGUGGGAAAGUACCUUUGAUGAAGACCAUCCUAUAAUAUAUGAUGUCGCUUUAAGUAAAAGAAUUGUUAAAUACACAGGCUGUAAUAGGUCUCCUCAUUGUCAUUAUCUGUUACUCACCAGCCUGUCAUGACGUAUUGUCAAAUGUACGAAGUGAUGAUGUAAUUAAAGUUAACCAUAUGUAAUAUAUAAUACCUAAUUCAGUGA